AUGCGAGAGCAUUGGGUCUUUGUCCUAACACCUCAAGGUGGCUCAACCCCAUCAGACUUCUGUCCCUACACCCCGGUCCAUCGAGGACAGUUUGUCAAUGGGGUUAUAUAUUACCUGGCUUUGAUUGACAUGUAUAAUUAUGUUCUUGUGAGUUUCGACGUUAUAUCGGAAGAGUUGAUAAUGAGCCAAGUACCUCGCAUGGACGGUGAUGAAUUGUUAAAGAAUGUGAAUCUUAUAGAGUAUGGUGGAAAACUUACUGUUCUUGACUCUACCCAGCUAAGAGACAAGGGUAUGGUGGUUUUAUGGAUUCUGCAAGAUGCUGGGAACAAGGAAUGGUCCCAAAAGACUCUGGUUUUGCAUCCUUGUCAGCUGCAAUUAGAACAACUUGUAUUCCACGUAAACGGUACUACUCAAAGUGGCAAGGUUGUUUUGAUACCACAGGAUUUGCUUUCUCCCUUUCACAUUCUUUGUUAUGAUCUACAAAGAAAUGAUAUGAGAAAGAUUGAAAUCAAAGGUAUACCGGGCCACUGGUUUAGGAAGAAGAAAAAAGAUAGACGUUUUGACGUGAUGUUCAUGGAUCAGAGUGAGAGCGUCAUCGAUCUUGAUCUUCUUGGAGACUUUAAUUAA